UGACACCUCCAAAUUCCAAUUGCUUGUUUGUGCCAUUCGAUUGGCAAAGACAUGUUAGGGCUCACUCCUCUCUCACACCCACCACUCCCGCUUCCAAUUCGCUCAACUCCAAGACCCUUCUCAGCUUCCCCACACAACAAUCUGAGCUUCCCUUCUUUCUUCUCCAAAACCCAAUCCCAAAUCCCAAGAAAACCCACAAGAUUUCUGGUUCUAUUCGCAGAGAACAACGAUGGGUUGAGCCAAGAUUCCAAGGACAGGGAAGACAAAAUAGAAGAAGAAGAAGAAAAAGAAGCUGGGUCUAAUGGCGGCGGCGGCGAUGAUGGUUUGGGGAAUGAUCGGAAACCCAUAUUCAGUAUCAGAUGGGGUGAUCUGCUGGACCCAGAUCCUGACAAUCUCCUGGCAAUAGCAUUGACGGGUGUUCUCGCCUGGGCAAGUGUGCAGGUGCUUUGGCAGCUCUUCUUCAUCUCUUUGGCUAUUCUUCUGGCCGCUCUCAAAUACUCCUUUAUUGCUGCUCUUCUUAUUUUCAUUCUCAUUACCCUUCUCUGAGUGGAAUUACCAUUGUAUACUUUCUUCUUUUGAACGCAAAUAUUAGUUUUU